AUGCCAUCCUCAUCUACGAAGCCUUCCGUUCUUUUGGUCGGUUCUUUACCACAUGCCCAUAAAGAGUGGAAAGCUCUUAGCGAACAUGCUGAUUUAAAGGUGUUCUCCGAUGAAAGUCGUGAAGAGUUUUAUAAAAAAUGCAAAACCGAGUUUCAAGACGUCAAGGCGAUUAUUCGUACUUUCAAAAGUAAGUUCUUCAUGGGCAUAUUCGACGAAGAAGUCAUUGAGCAUCUUCCUUCGUCUGUGAAGUUCAUCUGUCACAUUGGUGCUGGCUACGAAACUGUGAAUGUGGAUGCUUGUACAAAACGCGGAAUUCGAGUCGCAAACUGUCCUCUCGCUGUAGACGAUGCAACGGCUGAUACGGGCAUUUUUUUGAUGCUUGGCGCGUUCCGUCGCUUUAACCAAGGACUUUUUAGCUUACGAGAAAGACGCUGGAACCAUGACUGUCGGCAGCCUUCUCAUGAUCCUGAAGGAAAGACCCUUGGUAUCCUCGGUAUGGGUGGCAUUGGCAGAACAGUAGCAAAGCGUGCUCGUGCAUUCGACAUGAAUAUUAUCUAUUACAACCGUCAUCCUCUUAAUGAAAAAGAUGCUGGCGGUGCGAAAUAUGUCCAAUUCAACGAGCUUUUGGCCCAGUCUGAUGUCUUGUAUUUAAGCUUGCCGUUGAACAAGCACACACAUCACAUCAUAGGCAAAGAAGAAUUCAAAAAGAUGAAACGCGGUAUUAUCAUUGUUAAUACUGCCCGUGGCCCCGUAAUGGAUGAGGAAGCUCUUGUUGACGCCUUGAAGGAAGGCGUCGUUUAUUCCGCCGGACUUGAUGUAUAUGAGAAUGAACCACAAGUUCAUCCUGGUCUUAUUGAAAAUCCAGAUGUCAUUCUUCUUCCUCACUUGGGUACCAAUUCUUUGGAAACUCAACAUAAGAUGGAAACUUUUAGCCUCGAAAACUUGAAGAGUGGUGUCGUAAAUGACAAGCUUAUAACUCCUGUUCCGGAACAAAGAGAUAUGCAACUCUAA